UGCGGUUGGCCGUUUCCUGCUUUGAGUUGAUGUGUGCGCAUAACAGAGAAGAGAAACUUCCUUGACUGUAUAGUUCAGUUUUCUGGCGGUGUAGAGAGGACGCUUUUUCAAAUGCUUUUAAAUUUACGAUAAAGUGGGUGCUUUAAUACAGGGACCAUGAGCCGUGGAUCUAAAAGUAAGAUGGAGUGCGCUCGGAGCUCGCUGUUGAGUCUGCAGGAGAAUGAGAGGCUGGAGGACCUGCUGGGCAGAAGGUGUGCUUCCAUGGCCACUGCAGUUGCACAGCUGUUCAUGGCUCUGCCACACAGCCCGUCCAUGUGGAGCCUGCAGCACACUGGCGUGGUCUGCUUCAUCAAGGAUAACCCUCAGCGUUCCUACUUCAUACGCAUGUUUGACUUGAAGUUAGGGAGGCAGAUCUGGGAGCAGGAGCUCUACAAUCAGAUUGUUUACUCCACGCCACACCUGUACUUUCACACCUUUGCUGCAGAUGAUUGUCAGGUAGGACUGAACUUUGCCGAUCGGCAUGAAGCAGAAACUUUCCAAAAUGCUGUCCAAGAGAAAAUCAACCAAAGGAACAACCGUCAAGAUAAGAAACAGCGCCCCCCGCCGUCCAAUGACAGAGGUUCCUUGCCUCCAGUCCCUCCUGAAAAAGUAUCUGGCAGCCCUGCUUCUUUCCACAUGGCCACAAUAGACAUCCAGAAUCCAGACAUCCAGUCCUCACGGUACCGGUCGAUGCCUUCACCAACUCCUGCCUCAGUGAGUGGGAAAGGGAAGAAGGACAAGAAGAGCAAGAAAAAGGGUGCCAAACUCUCCAAAGCAGACAUUGGAGCACCCAGUGGAUUCAAACAUAUUUCUCAUGUGGGCUUCGAUCCAAACAACCUGGACCCUGACCUGGUGAAGUUGCUCUCCCAGGCCGGCAUCGGUGAAGCUGACAUGAGAGAUGAACAGACCUCCCAGCUCAUCUAUAAUGUCAUCGAGCAAUCUGGAGGGAUGGAGGCGGUGAAAAGGGAGGUGAACAGAGGAGCUGGACCUCCACCACCUCCACCCAGCAGACAGGGACCUCUGCCGCCUGUCCCAGGCUCCGGCCACUCUGCUCCAACCCCUCCACCUCAGCGAGGCCGCUCUGGCCCCCUACCUCCCAUCCCAGGCCAGCAGCGAGGGAGCCCCUCCUCCCAUGCGCCUCCAUCCCGUGGAGGACUCCCACCUCCUCCACCUUCUUCAGGCAGAGGCGGCCCUCCUCCUCCACCUCCUCCAGCACAUUCUACACCUUCUCUUUUAUCCUCACCAUCUCCUUCCAAGUCACACAGUCUGCCUCCUCCUAUGCCGCCGUCCGGCCAACAGCGCAACAUGGGUUUCCCACCUCCUCCUGUCCCAUCUGCACCUGGCAGAGGAGGUGGUGGACCUCCUCCUCCUCCUCCGCCUCCUCCACCUCCACCUGCCCCAUCUUUGGAUUUCCCACCUCCUCCUCCUCCUCUCCCUGGUGGUCCUCCACCACCUCCUCCACCCUCUGGAGGAGGAGGGGACAGUAGAGGAGCUCUGUUAGAUCAGAUCCGACUCGGGAAGAAACUCAGAAACGUGACGGAUGUUCCAGAUUCAGCUCCAGUCACACCACCAGGUUCAGGCGAGGGCAUCGUCGGUGCUCUCAUGUCAGUCAUGCAGAAGAGGAGUAAAGUCAUCCACUCAUCUGGUGAAAGUGAAGAAGACGGUGAUGAUGAUGAAGAUGAUGAUGAAUGGGAUGACUGAUUUCUAUAUUUUUUGCUCAGGUUAACCAUGUUUUGGACUUACAUUACUGUUACAUUUUGUUGUUUUUCCACUUCCACUUACUGUAAACUUGAAAGUAAGUUUUUACACAUGCUCUCCUGAUCAUUUGCAAAAAAGUAUUGAUAAAGCCUUCCCUUGAAAUCUCCCUGAGUUGUGUACUCACUUAUGUCCCCGACAGCUUUCCCCUGUCAUGAUGCAAGAUAUGGCAUAAAGUCGCAUGUGGAAACCAAGAUAGUGUGCAAAAUUCAAGACUAAGCAUGGCAGAGAGCAGAAAAAAGUAUGAAGCUGUAUAGAUGCAUGUGCAAACAUUGCCCUCAUUAGUGUCCCAGACACAGGAUAUGUGUCAAUAUCCCUGCCCAAUCACUCAUGAGUAGUUUUCCUGACUAUUUCCUGCUGUGUUCAGUCAUAAGCUCACACCAAACUCGUGGAAAUUUUCCAAAUAUUCAGGACAGUCUGGAGACUGGAAUGAUGUUUUUGUCUUUAGAUCAGUGCUAUAAUUAAUAGGACAGAUUUACAGUGUCAAGAACAAGUGGAAUGGAACGUACAACUGAUACAAAAGUAAGGAAAUAAAGCUGCUUCUUUAUGUUCAUGGUGAUUGCACCAGUCCUGCCCUGGUUUUUCCUCAAUACUACCUGUUGUGUCCACACAUUGGCCCACAUAAACCUCACAGAAAUUUGCUAGGGUUUGCAUGGAGAAGCAUUACCAAAAGACUGCAUUUUGAGCUGUUAAUUUCUAAGCCCUUGAACUGCAGAAAAUAAAAACACUUUCUAGGCAUUGUUGUGUCCUGAAAUUAGUGAUAUUUUAAUUUCUCUGUGGUUGAGCACAUUAAACUCUGAUCUUAGUCUUGUUUCCUCAUCUGAUGUCCAUCCAUUCUUGCUCAUUCUGAUGGAAAAUGCAUUUCUUUAAAGAGACUCAGAUCAUUUGGCUCAACUCAGUGGAGCCGGUUGCUCUCAAAUGGCUCUUCGUUUGGUACCAGUUUGGCUUUUUAAAUGUGGACUAAAUAACAACAAAGGACGGAGGAAUGAAAACCGGCACUCAAACAGGAGUUAGCUACAGCAGCUAAAAAAAGACCCGUU